GGGCCCUUCCUCGGUGGUCCCUCGGGGGCCGCGGCCCAGAGCGGGGCUCUGGCGGUGGCGUCGGUGCUGCCCCCCGGGACCCCACGCGCGGGAAGGGGCGGCUGGGGGGCGGGCGCCCUCGCGGGUGGCUGCGGCCGCAGACGGACGGGUUCGCGCGGGCUGCUGCGGCCCACGGGCGGUGCCGAGGUGAGGGCGGCCGAGCCCCGCCCGGAGACCAGCGUCGCACCGGCAUCCCGGGAGGAUCCACUGCGGCCGGGGACGGUGCGGUGCGUCGCGAGGCGCUGAGGGGUCUGUUCUUCUCGUAGGCUGAUCUUCGGCACCCUCUACCCCGCGUACUCCUCCUACAAGGCCGUGAAGACGAAAAACGUUAAGGAAUAUGUGAGUACGGGCUCACCGUGCCGCGCAGGGCCCGCCUCGUCCUUCGCGGCCGCGUCGCAAGCCCCCGUUGGCACUCCGGCUCCGCAGGGGCUCGGGUCAGCCAGGCCGCCCGAGCAGCAGCUCCAGUCGUCUCUGGAAAAGCUGCCAAGGAUGGCUGCUUACUGAAAUGGGAGGUUUCAACCCGUAAAUGUGGGCUGUAUUUUCUCAGCGAUGCUGAGUGACGAAGGGAAAGUGGGGGAAACACUGCAGUCUGGAAGCAUAUGAAAGUCCAGGACAAGUUCUUUCUUGUGACUUUAACCUUCCUUCUUGUGUCCUUUACUGCUUUUUCAGUACUACUUUUGUUUUCUUCCAAAGGGUUGAAUAAUCCUGCUCGGUUUGUGGCUUCCUAUCCACUUUGCUUGCGAUCCGUGUUUUAUGUUGGUUAAAACUUCAUUCUCCUUCCCUUCUGGAACUGUUUCCCUCUCUACACCCUUGCUGCAAUUACCAUAUUUACAACAUCAGAUGUUUUUUUGUGAGGUAGUGUGUUGCCUUCUUACAGAAGUGAUGUUCUAAGUGGAUCACUUGAGACAGGACCUAUGAUGUGGAAAAGUAUGGCAUUAAUUUUUUGGGUUUUGUUUAGUGAUUCAGUGGUGUAGGUUUCCUGAAGUAGUUAGUCUGGAUUGCUGCAGCAGAGUGGUUCAAGAAAAUGUAUUUGAACUGCUAAAACUUACAUAAUUAAUUAUUUUUCCUUGAGAGGACGGCAUCAGAAAUAAGCAGUUAGAUGUUGGACUGCCAUCUGUCUAAUUCACUUACAUUUGAAACACUUCUUCCUUUUCAACGCAAGUGGAAAUACAGGAGAAAACAUAGCAGAAGGGGCAAUAUCUGUUCAAACUGUUCUUCAUGUGAAAAGUCAGCAGAAAACUUGAAUGCUGUACUGCCCAUUUUCAAGUCUAGCUCUUUUAUGUACUACUGCUUGCUCAUAGUGCUUACGAACUGGUUAGGGUUUGGUGGUGGAGAAAGGUCUUUGAGGUGUAUCUCUGCUAAAGUGGUGUAUUGAAGCUUGACUUGACACAGACAAAGCUACCACAAACAGUUUGUCAGUGACAUCAGAGCGCAGUGCAAAUUUACUGUUCUCUACCACCAUGAUAAAAAUUCAGGAUAAAUGCUUGAGCAGUUGUGGCAAACUACUUCUAGUAGCUCAGAUUGUCCUAAAAGCAAUUUCUUUCUUUUUACAUGUCGUCUUCAGCAUUGGUCAAGUCUACGUUCCAGUUACGCUUUUGUGUGUGCUGAAUUCGUUUAGGUUCUUGGUGCAAGCUGGGGAGACUGUAUAUGUGCCUGAAGCUGGUCAUCGUCAGGGUGAGCAGCAAAUGACUCCUGACUCCUCUUAGUAAACUGAAAAAAAAAUGCAGCCUCAUUCAACCCACAGUUUUGGAAGGUGUUUGUACUCUGUCGUAAGAAAAAAAAGAGGGCUUCUUCCCAUCUGUUUUCUGCUCUUUCAGGUCAUCUGCAGGGACUUCUAAAACUAGGAGCAGGAUCCUUCUAGUUUGUUUAGGAGCUAUACUUCUUGUUUUCUUUGGCUUUAGAGCAUAGGGUGACAGGUGCCAGAAGGAGACAGAGGCAAGAGACCUGUGUCCAAUAUCAAAGAUGUGAACAUGAAGUUUAUUUAAACAGUAACAAAACAAAGUUUUCUGUUCUCAGUUCAUACUCCUGAGCAUUCUGUUAGCAGAGUGAAAAAUAAGCACCAAGCUUACACUAAGGCUGCCUACAGUGACCCCUUUUGAGUGACAUCUACUAAUAUAUGUAAAUGAAAUAGUUUUCACUAAGAAAAUGGAGACAUGUAAGUUCACUGCUUUGUAUUUAAUCCCAUUUAGAGACAAAAUGUCAGCCAGAGAUCAAUCAGGAUCCUUUUUUGAAUUCUUUAAUCAACUCCUACCUAAUCUCUUGGAUAGAAAAAUCUUCUGCACAGUUUGUCAUCUUAUUAUUCACAACCUUUUCCAGAUGUUUCAUGAAGAUGAGCAGCACAGAUCUCAACACUGAUUCCUGUGGGAUUCCACUGGUAACUUUCCUCAUUGUGAAAAGUGGCCAUUUACUUUUAUCCUUUGUUUCCUUUUUUUUUUAACCAAUUGUUAAUGCUCAAUAGUCCCUUCAUUUUUACCCCUGACGAUUUUGUUUCUUUAAGUGUUUGUAUAGACCUGUUAGAAACUAUUUAGAAACUUCAUAUACCCUUGCCCUGUAAGGAAAGCACUGUAGCUAGCAGAGUCUUAUGGAAACCUAAGAGUUCUGCUAUACUUGUGAAUUUUUUUUUUUUUUUCUAAAAAAUCUUCGUUUUCGUACAUAUAUGUAGGUAUUUGUUAAUUGCUUUUAUUACUAUUAUUGCCUUCAUUUUGCCUAAUGCUGAAGUAAGAUUUACUGGUGUAUAGGUUUUCUGAAAUCUCUCACCCUUUUGGAUCCCUUUCUGCAAACUUAGAUUUAUCAUUAUUCACACACUUCUUCAUACAAGAGCUGAUUCACAUUGCUGCACCGAGGACUUAAUCUUUCUUUUUGAAAAGUUGCUUUAGAUCAGCUGAAUGACAUCUGGUCUUGUCCAAACUGAUGAUACAAGAAAAAAAAAAAAAAAAGGCAGGAGAGAGCCAUACAAUACAAGUUUAUGCUAUUUUCUGUUGUGAAAGAGAGAGUUUGCAGUACAGUGGAAAUAAUUUGGAUUAUUAACCACUAUCUUCUAAACCAUUGACUGUGUUAGAGCAGCUGGAGGCAGAUUAAUUUUCUUUUAUGAGAAACAUGUGGAGGGUCUUUCCAGAACAAACCACCAAAUUUUCCAACACAUGCAAGGUUGGGGAAAUACCUGCUUUUAUAGUAUUUGUUGUAACAAGGAUUGUCAACAUGUCUUUAUUGUAUGAACAUAAUUGUUCAUGUAAUUUUAAUAGAUUGAUUAAUGUGUAGAUUUAGUAUGUGGCAUUUCCCUGAUUCUGUUUAGUUCUUUUUUCUCAUUCUUGAUGACACUGAGAGUGUUAAAUUUUUUUUUAAUUGAGGUGUCCUCUUCAUUUAUCUGCUACUCAUGCUCUUUUAAAAUUCUCAACAGGGUAGAAAACUAGCAAUUUUCCCUUAUAAUUCAGCUGACCCCUCUUGAGGGGUAAGCUGAAUGAAUUCUUGGCUUGUAGCUGAGAAACCAGUUACCAAAACAGCAGAGUGCAUCUGUGUUUAUUAAGGGGGGGAAUUAUUUUGUGCUUUGAAAGACGUACUGUCCCAGAUAAAGGUGUGAGGAAGUAGAGGGGUACAUAAAAGGCAUCCAAAUGUGUCAUAACAGUACAUACAUCUACUCUAAACCUUAAACAAGAAGAUUAGGUUGAUGUGGCGUGUUCUUUGCUUUUUUACGUCUCUCAGUGAGCCUUUAUUUAAAAAGAAAAAUUAAUUGCUUGUGUGAUUUCUGGGAGUAAUUAUUAAAGCAAAGAAUGCUUACUAGUGAGUUGGCACAAAAUAUGUUUCUUGGUUUGUUGUUUUUCUUUUUUCCUAAGGAAAAAUGUUACAUCAGGAAAAUACGGGGCUGCAGCUGAAACUUAAGCUUUUACAUAUGUAUGUGUAUAUUUUUUUUUUAUGGUGUUCAUGAUAUAUGGAAGAGUGUAACUUCUUGAAGUGAACAGAUAAAUCCUUUUGGAUGGGUCAUUUGGGACCUUAAUGCUGUUGCACCAUAAUGUUGCUCCAGGGCAUGCAUUCAUCAAUGUAUCUGUAUGUGUUUAUUUAGAGCACAGUAAUCCUACAUGUUUUCUCAGACCAAAAUGUACUGUUUAGUAUGUGUCCAUUACAGAUUAUAUAUGCCUUCUUUUUGAAUCCAUCUUAAUGUGUGGAGAUGAGUCAUUUAUACUGAGAAGACAUUUUACUUUUCUUUCUGGUUCUGAUGUAUGUCCGUUGAAUGACUGCUCUUUUGCAGGUGAAGUGGAUGAUGUACUGGAUUGUGUUUGCCUUUUUCACCACUGCAGAAACACUUACAGACAUUGUUCUUUCUUGGGCUCCAGUGUCCUCUACAGGAAGUUUGUGCACCCAACGCUCUCCAAUAAGGAGAAGGAAAUUGAUGAAUACAUUACUCAGGCUUGUGACAAGAGCUACGAAACCAUGAUGCGAGUUGGCAAGAGGGGGUUAAACCUUGCUGCCAAUGCAGCAGUUACUGCAGCUGCAAAGGGCCAGGGAGUUUUGUCUGAGAAGCUUCGAAGUUUCAGCAUGCAGGAUCUCACUCUGAUCCGAGAUGAAGAUAAUGUGCAUAUGCGAAGCCGUGAUCCACAGCUGCACCCCUCUGCUGCGAGUCUUCUGGAGACUAUUGAAGACUCAGCUUCCUGUUACUCCUCAGGAGAGGAGAGCAGUGUGGCACAUCGAUCUAAUGGAACCCCGUCAGAUACUAGAACAGACCCAUCAGAUGAAGAUGCAGGAGACAAACUUCCUAAACGUACCCAGAGUCUCAAAACUCCUAAAAAGCUUCCAGUGAGAAGUGUAAAAGCCCGCCCUAAGAAGAAAGCUGCUGGCUCUCUUGCUUCUGGCGAGUCAUCCUAAGGCGACCUCCCCCUCUCAGCACCUGUCUCUCUCCUGGGAUUUGCCUUUCGCUUUUGUGGGGAAACUCUCCAAAGGAAGGGAGCUGAGAUUCUUGUACAUAACCGAUACUGCUUUACAGAGCUCUUUCCAAGGCAAGGGGGAGGCUGGGAUUCAGAAGGCAGAGUAGAGGAUACAAAUCCUCAGGAAUUUUCUCCUUUUCAUCUCUCUGUUGGAGAGAAUGCUGAUAUGUCUGUACAUAGCCAGUUGCUUUGGAAUUCCCACUGUAUAACUCUAGUUGAGAAUCUUUGCUGGGAAAACUGACUAGGGUUAGAGACAUCCAUUGCACAGAAGCUGGAAAAAUACUAGACACUUGAGUUCCGCAGGGUGGGUGGCUAUCUAAAAUGUCUUAUCUUGCUCUGGGUAUUCUCCUGCAGCUGUGUGUUGUUAAGAAGUGCCCACCGUGAGUUGUGUUCCUUAAGAAUGGACUGUACCUAAUAUGUCCAUCACCUUUGAGAAAGUGACUGAAGUGAUGUGUGCCGAGUGCUUUUGAACAUAAAGGACUGGCUCAUGGGAGGUAUAUGCUAGAUUCCCACUACUCAUACUGGAAGAUGAGGAGAUUGGUUUUUAUUUUAUUUUUUCUGGAAGGGAGAUAAUUGGAAAAACUGAUAAAGGAAAUGUGCUAUUACAAGCACAUUAUAUGAUAGAGUAGGUAGAAGUUAUUAUUGAGAAGGAAAGUUCAGCGUCUCUUAAGUUUUGGCUCUUUUUGAAACUGCUUGAAUUUUAUUUCAGGUUCUAAUGCUCACUUUGACUCCUGUGAGAGCAUCAGAAUGAGGUGGGUCUCAUGCAGUUCGAUGGCAGACAUACUCGCUUUGCCAUUUAGCAGUUGAACUCAUUGUCAUUGUGUUGCUUGUUACUUCAGACAAAUUCUUUUAUUCUAGAAGAUGUCUGGGGAAAAUCUGUCUCAAAAUAGUCUGUGGGCAUACUUGAGAAUUUCAGAAGCCCUCACUUGUCAGCUUUAGGAGAGCCAAUCCUCAGGACACGAGAACUGAAACAGUUGGUUGAAUUAACAGUUGUGUUCCUCUAACUUCAGGAUUUCGUUUAUGGGGGAUAAAAAGCAAGCACUAGGGCACAAUACUGGUUAAUACUAAUUAAUCUGUCCUCUUGCUUUAUCCUGCUGCAGCCCUUGCACAGAUUUUCUGUCUGACAUGUGCCAUGCUUAUCGGUGUCCUGAGACUCAAGAAAUACUUAACGCUUGGGACAGAAAACGACAAGGAAUGUAGAAUAUGUAUUGUGGGAGGGAAAUUGUAGUGCUGCAGAAAAAAAUUUGCAUAAUGACAAGCCAUGCUAGUCUCUUGAACGUUGUUAUGGGGAGGACCCCUGUACACGUACCAGCUGAGCCAAUGAAAAUUUAAGAGUAGGGUUCCUGUUACCAAGAUCUAUAAUGAAGGUGCACCAUUAUAGACACGGGUGUCUGAAUUAAUACUUGAUGGUCUUAAUUUUUACUGAAAUUAGUUACCAAAGGAACCUGGCUCCUACAUGCAGGUGUUUGCGUCUCAUACUUUUGCUGUCACAUUUCUGAAAUUACAGUGAAUUCUUCACAGAGCCCAGUAUUUUGCUGUUGACAAGGUAUAAAAGCAAUUCUGCAGCUAAUGCUCCACAAGUAUUUCUGUCCUAGAGAAUAGCCUUUCAAAAGUUUAUAAAGUUGAAGAUUAGGACUGCAUUUUUUUUAUUGUUUUCCAUUGUCUUGGUGACAGAUUGUUUGCUGUUGAAUUCACCAGUUAUUUCAGGAAGCCAGUUAAGUUGGGUUUACUAUUUUCUGUAGAUUUUAAAAAUUUAAACUUUACAGUCCACCUUAGAAACUUGCGUCUUGUCAGAAAUAUAUGUCCUAAAUUAUCCACAAGCCCUUAUCCAGAAGCCAGUAGAAAAUCCUUGAUUUGGUUCUGCAUUUCAUAAAAAAACCCCAAUUAUUUUGUUCUUUUUUAGUUUAUUAGAAAACUUCAUAUUCAUGUCUUACUAGCACAUGCAAAUGCAUGUCCUGAAGCAGGACUACUUUCUGUUUCCAAAUUAAAUUCCUCUCUCCGGACAACAGAUAAAAUCUUUCAUGGUUGUGUGGAAGAUCCAGUUGUGAGGAAUUUCUGUCCUAGAUUUUAACUGUACUGAGCAAGAGAGAACCAUUGUUCUUUAUGUACCAAGUAUGUCUAUGACCAUGUUUCUUGAUUUUUACUUUUUUAAAAUUAAAAUUGUGCAUAGCAAAUUAUUUAUGUAAAUCAUUGUGAGGGACUUGAUUUGGAAGCCAAGUCUUCCCUUGUGCUGAUCUUCUUGCCCUUUCCUUGUGCAUGCACUGUGGUAGUCUACGAUUACUGGAUUUCCAUGGAGCGACUUUCCAGAAUCUUCUCUAGAAUCCAUUUAUUUGUCAUGGCUUUUCUGCUUUGAAGCACAGAAAGAAUUUCUGAAGAUUCAGUUCUAGUAUUUGGAUUAAUCUUUGUCUUCCUGAGCUGGGGCUUGUGCUAAGUAGCUUUUACUUAGCAUUGAUGCUUGAUGUCGUUAGCUUGUGGGUAAAUAUGGGUCAAUUUUACUCUGACUUUUGUUUAUACAGGGGAAAUGGCUUUUGGUUGCAAGAGGGUGUCUACAGUAGAGUCAGGGACUAUCUAGUGUGUGAUAUGAAGCUGAUGAUGUCAAGCAGCAGAACUUACCCAGAGCAAGACCAAUGUUUUAGCAUGGAUACUGUUUUCUUCUAGUACGAAUGUGACUGCUAGAUUGUGCUUUGCUUGAUCAAAGCCACUGCAGAUCUACCACCGCCCACGUGACCUCUUAGUGAGUUUCGAGAUAUAGUUCUGCAUUGGAUGCACUGUCUUGCAUAGAAAUUCUCUUGUUAAUGAGAACGCUGAAUGUGCUGUUUUGAUAAAACGCUUUUAUCAGCUGCUGUUCGGUGUUUUCAACAGGAAAUGCUGGAAUGUAGUUUCUCUUCAGUAUCAUCUGUGGGCUUCAUCAUGCAAUUAAGCAAAUGGUUAAAUCUUCACCUACCAGUAGAACCCUGUUGUGUUUGGUAAAUGUUCAGAGCCUUUUCCUAAUCUGGCUGGCCAUAGAGAGAAGUGCAGUAACAGAAAAUGAUACUUGAAGGUGGGGGCUGAAGAGGGUGGUAUGUGUGUGUCAAACUUCGUGUGCCUAAAAGUUACCCUAAAAUACCUGUACCAUGACAUACAUAGUUGAAGCCAUGACUGCCUUUUGAAAAGAAAUGUUUUAUUUUCAUGCUGUGUGGUAGUACGAGUCAGUGUUUUGCUGUUGGAAAAGAAAAUACUGAAAUGUGGUUUCCUGUGUGAGAAACUUAAUGAUUUGUUGCAUAAAAGGGAAAAAUGUUUUCUUGUUUGGCAGUAAUCCUCCGUGGUGGGUAAGAAAUAUGAAAAUACAGGGGAAACAACUGUCAGGUUUUAAACCUUUACACUUUACCUAAACAUCAUUGUUACCUACUUUUUUAAAAUCGAGUUUGUGAUUCUCCAGCUUUACAUUUUUGGGACUGAUUUCCUUUAGACUAGAGUGAUUUCCUUAGUAGGUAGAGCGUAUAUAUAGAGAGGGGUGCUGGUGUUCUUAAAAUUGCAAAGCUUGUUCUGGGGAAGUUUCACCUUUCCUCAUUUUAGUGAAUUGAUUUCCAUUCAUUGUGCUUUUGCGGUGCUGGGCUUUCUUUUAUACAUCCCUCUUGGAAGUAUGACUCCCUCACAAAAUACUUCCUUAGAAAGCAAGAUUUCUAGAGAACCACAACUUUGCAGAAAUGGUUAUUUGUUCUGUGCCAUCUUAAUCAGCAGGAACUUUAGUGCCUUAGGAGAAAAGUAAGAUCUCUAUGGAGAACUGUGCUGGUUCUCUGAUCUACGCAUAGCAUUGUAUUAGGGAGACUCACAAGUUAACUGUGAAGUGUCAUUGUGUGUUUGAGAGCAGCUGUUGAAUUUAGCUGUUUCCUUUCUGUCUUCCAAAGUUGCAUAUAAUGCUGGAAAGUGUGAAUUGCUCCCUAAGAGAGAUAUCUGGGGGAAAAAAAAAAGUUGUAUUCUAAUGUGACAACACGUAUUGUCACAUUACUGCUUGCUGGGCAGAUGCUGAAUGACACCUCUGUGUAACUGGUCUGUACUAUAGCUUUUCUUGCUGUAGCCACUAGGAGUUUGUAAUGUGCUGUCUGGCUGAAGCAUCUUUUGGUGCUGCUUUGUGGGUUGUCUUGCAAAGCCAGAGAUGUGAAAAACCAGGAAAGCACUGCAUGAGUUACAUGAGUUUGUAGAACCAUAGUGGUUCAGGUCAGAGUUGGAAGGGGCCUCCGGGGGUCAUCUGGUUCAACCUCACAAUUCAGUACAGGGCCACCCACUGCCAGUUCCUGUGUGCUAUUUCUGGCCUGGAAUCUGUUGAGUUUAAUGUUUAAGAGCUGAUAAUAUGUGCAGAAAUGCAUAUGCUGUAUGGGAAUGUGUUUCAGUGUUACUGAGGAGAAAUGUUUCCUGAUCACUUUUCAUCUAGAAUUUGGCUCUGUUGCAAGACGCUAUAAACAUAACUCGUUCUUAAUGUUCCUUACAGGUAUUGUUAAAAAGCCUAGAGGCCUCAAAAAAGAUCUUGAGGUAUGCAGAUUAAUUGUGGAAACAGUUGGUUUUAACAGUAAAUGGACACAAUAACUGCAUAGCAGCUAAGAACCUGUCCUGUGAGAUAGAUAGAUAGCAUUAGAGUAGAAAAUGAGCUGUGUAUUUUACAGAGUUGUCCACUAAAUACUGCUAACUUUCUGAGCCUCAAGCAACACUUAAACUGUGCAUUGUACAGAUGAGAGCUUGAUUUCUUUUUUGAGCCUGAUUUCUCGCUUGGGGUCAGUCUCUGUCUGUCUCCCUCCCUCCCUUCCCCCUUUGCUUCUCCCUGCCCCCUCCCAAUCCCUUUCAAACUGGGCUUGAGCUACAUACAUUGAGAUUCUUCAAACUUUCAUCCUUUCAGAACAAUAAAGUUUUACCUCAGCAGGCAACUGAUCUGCAGGGAGGACCAGAUGAAUAUCAAGUAUCUCUCGUCACUUUUGUAGAUGUGUUACGCUGGAGAAGCAUUAGCAGGAAGCUUCAGAGGAUAUGUUUGCCUGGGAAAUUCUACCCUCUGCUCCCUGCCAAAGCCUGCAUUUUUGGGUGAACUAAAUGCCGGACUUAGCUAUGCUCAUAUGCAGUUAUCUGCAGAAUCCCACAAUUCAAUGUCAGAAUUUCCAGUGCUCUAUUAUAGAUGAUAACAGGAAUUAAAAUAAUACAAAUUGAAAAGUGGCAAAUUGUGGUGGGGUUUUUUUGCAACUUUGCAGGUAAAUUUAGGUCAUUGCUAUAUACGCCUAAAAUCUUUGCCUAAAGCCCCUUGCAAACUAUCUGUUACUUUCUCGCUCUCUUUCUGAGCUCCUGUUCUUCUGCGAAUUGGUUCUGUUUUUUAUGUUUACUCUUAUUAAGCAAGGGCUGGCUUCCAUUUUACUGACUGGAGAUGUGAAAUAUACUGUAUUAGAGCUGUCAUUUUGCUUUUUCUUUUGUUAUUUAAACCUAUGACCUACAUUGAUAUGUGUAAAUGGUACAACAAGGCCUAAGGCUAGAUUCCCAGGUGGAAUGUAAGCAUCUAUUGCAAAUAGCAUAGUUUGACAUAUUUCCCUUUUCUUGCAGUGGUUUCUGGCUGAAAUGUGCUUACAGCAGACCCUUUGGUCAAGAGCAUUCUAUCAGCAUUUAACCAGAUAAUGUUAGAAGCAGCAUUUAUGGGAAUAAUGCAAAAAUAAGUGAACACUAAAGGAGCAAAAGCUCAAGUCUUCUGUAAUAUAUAACUGUCGAGGCUAUGUAAAACCCUAAAGCAUUUCUGGCAGCAGUGGAAAUGCAUUGCUGUACAGACUUUCAAAGAUAGGGCAUUCAGUCGUGGUCUUUGUAGCAGGUUUGGGAGUAAAGUUAGUUUGGAUGGCAAGCAUAUGAAGUUUUACAUACCAAGGAACUAAGUUUUUAUCAAAAGUAAUGCUUAGUAACUUACCAAAAAGAAAAAAAUUGACUAAAAUUAUAAAAUGGAGAGAAAUUUUCCUGAUUGUCAAACCUAGUAUUGAAUAUAAACUUUCUGUGUUUGUGUUGCUGCCUUAUUUGGGAAAGCACUGCAUUAAUGGACUCGUCAUUUCUGACUCCUCUCUUAGAUUAUUUCUGAAAUGAAUCACAAAUUAGAGAUGCUCGAGUUUGACUCGGCAUUUUAACAUCCAAGUCCCCGGUUAGCACCGUGUUGAUCUAAAGGCAGUACGGCACUAGGAGGGUUGUGAAUUACUUUUUGUCCACUAGAGGGUAUAAGCAUAACAUAAAACCACUGAGCAUGAGAGAGCAGAGACAGGUCUAGUAACAGUUAGUUCAAUUAUGGCAGUUGAACAGCAAUAUUUCCUAGGUAUGAGUGAAGGUCCUCCUUGGGGGUGAGGGGGAAAACAACCUGGGGCUCUUACUGGAGAAAUAUGAAAUAAUACUGCUGUUAACCUCUGACGGAAAAGGCUAUUCUGGGCAUUCUAAUUGAGCCACUGUCCAGUGGGGCUUGCUGAGACAAUAGCAUUACAGAAUAACUGUCCUCACUUUUUAAUUUUUGCGGCACAUUCAAGCCAUUUUCUAGCUGUAGGAAGCAGCUCUGAAAAUGGCAAUGUUUGUGAUUCCCCCCUCUCCACAGCCCUAUUCCCCCCGCCAGCUUUUGCAGUUGUGCGUUGCUCUACUUUAUACUCUGGAUUUUAGUAGUAUUUCCUGGUAAGGAUGAGUAUUUUCUUUCAGUUGGCUCUAUUUUCUCUGAAAAGAGAAGCAGCUUUAAUCUAAAAAUACAGAUGUAUCUAAUGUUACUAUGGUAAUUUGUGACCAUGGCAACAGAGAGUUAGCAUUCUGAAGAACAGACACAGAUUUGCUUGGUUUUUUGGUUGGUUGGUUUUUUGGGGUUUUCUUAAAGUCAGUGACCUAAUUAAUGGUGCACACAUUUCACAAAAUGAACUUGACUUUUCAUAUUUGUUAACCAUACAGGAUAAUACGGGUCCGUGGGAUUUUGACAUUCUUACGUGGAAAAGCUGAUGUUAGAGCAUAAUGUAACAGUUUGAGAUUCUUUCUAAUUUGAGAAAUUCUUUUCUUUGCAACAGCAUAGAUGGAGACUUGCAGAUUGAAGGUGGAUCCAGGACAUACCAGGAUGUUUCUGUAGGAAAGAGAAAUAGAAUCUAGAAUAGUCCCGGGGAUUCUUGAAUGUCAGAUUUUGGGGGGAAAAGCAAGAAGAACAAAAUAUAUUCGUUUCUAUUUUCCCAUCAUAUGAUCAGCAUUUGGUAAACCAACACAGUGCUUUUGGGCAGGUGCUAAAUUUCAAGUACGAGUUGUGGAUUAUCCUGACGUGCCCCAUCCCAAGAGCAUGUAGUGCAUUCUAUGAAACAUUUAGUAAUGAUUUAAAGAGUUAUAAGAAAUUAACUUAUUAUUGAGGGAGGUAGGAAUGGGCUUUUGUGGGUAAGCCUUGUAUGUAGUGUAUUUAUGUCUGCCAGUAUAGAGCUAACAUAAAGGGUCUCUACUGUCAACAGUCAAUGUUGGUUUUAUAGUAAGUGUGCUGAUGUAAGUUUAGCCAAAACCAAACCGCAGAUUUUUUUCCAAUUUUUUCCUUUUUCCUAGGCUCUGUUGGGAAAUCUAGCAACUGAAUGGAAAUUAUAACAUUGCUGCUAUCGCUUGCUUAUUUGGGGCGAUGAAUAUAUUGCAUUAAAUAGAAUUAAGCAGCAUUUAAUAGCUUAAUUUUUGUAAAAGCCAGCUGUUGUGACCAUUCUGUAUUUACCACAAGAAUAAGGUAACUGAUGGCUGGAACCACUGUAGUGCAGGAAGGCUACUACUUCUGAAAAGGGAAAGCAGAGAAAAGGCCAAUGCAAACCCAAUUGGUUCAGGUAGUGCAGUCUCCCAUCUCUGAUACUGCUCAGUUUAUUUGAUGACCAGAGGGUAGUUUGGAAUUAAACACACAUUGGAAAACGCCUCAUUAUGACACUUGUCAGCUUUUUACCCUUGUGCUGAAGCACAGUGGUGUUAAAUGACUGGGUUAAUGGAGUUUUCCUAAGAAGAGCAGUUGUUGGAAUUCUGUCACUUACUUUUGUAGUCAUUAAGUUUGGUCACUUGCUGCAGUAUAAUGACUUAAAUGUACAAAACACAGGUCUUGUGUUGUGCUUUCUUUAAUACCCAGACUCUUCUUAGGUAUCUUUUAACAUUCUCUUUUUUGAAGUGCCUAUUUUAAAGGGCCCAUUGCUUAUCUUUCUAUCCAGAGUAUAAUGCAAAAGGUUUUAACAAUGCAGAUGUACUCUCAUUCCACAGGGUGGCAACUAGUCCUUAUUUCUCUUCUCAAUUAUUUUGUCCUUUGCCACUAGAAGUGGCUUUCCUGGCUAAGUUCCCUUCUGACGUAUCAGGGUAAUACACAUGGAAAGACAGCCCUUCUCUUUGAGUUAAAGAGUAUUUGGAAAAGCUCAUUUUACUAUGUCUAUUCAGGCUGUAUCAGCUUGCUGAAGAUUGCUGAGACCAAAAAGGCAUCAUCCAAGGACUAAAUUUUGAAUGCCACUUCUUGCCGCUAUCUCAUGUGGGUCUCUCUGGUAAGUGGUACUCCCAGGAACAGCUGAUCACAAGUCUAUGAUGGUACCUCUAAAGAAAAAGUUGCUGUGAUGAGGUUUAGUUAUUGAUGUGGGUGGGGGAGAAAGGUUCUGGAGGCUAUUUAUUCACUUUUUUAUUUCCAGUUUGUUUUGACAGAUAAAUGUCUCAGAUACUUUGAAUUUAAAUCUACAUGUGUCAUCAGAACAGGCUUAUAGAUUUAUUCAUUGAAGGUAUGGCUUUUUGUUCUUUGCUAGUGAGUUUACAUACCUUUCUCCCCCCUCAGUUUCUUGCUACUGAUGCCUGUGGAUAUUAUUUUUAAAAAUGCUGUUUUGUUAUCUUUUCAAAUUGUGCUCCUAUAUAAUUUUAGUUUAUCUUCAUGUCUUAGGUGUUUAGUCUUCUGCCUUUCCCCCUCUCCAUUGUUGAAUGAAUAAAUACAUGAAAAUGAA